UACACAAUUCGAGAUUUAAACGUGAUUUGAUAACAUUCUCGAUGAUGCAGUAAAUUAAUUAUAUCUUUAUUACAUGUUGUUUAUCGUUUAAAUAGUACUUCGCGAACGAUAUCUAUUAAAUUUGUUGCUUUUUGUUUAUCAAUUGUGUGACAAUCAGUUAGUAAAGUCAGAACAAUGGCACUCUCAAAACCAUCGAACUUAGUUCUUCAACUUAUCGGUGCUUAUUUCGAGCACCUUCAUGUCAGUCCAGUAAAAACUAAAGCGAUCACCAGCUGCAUCAUCGCCACUCUUGGUAAUUUCUUAUCGCAAAAAAUAUCAGGAGCAAAGCACGUCAAUAGCGACAGUCUACUCGCGUUCGCUCUUUUUGGAUUAUUCUUUGGAGGUCCUGUGCCACAUUAUUUUUAUACGUUUAUACAUCCAUUUGUGAAGAGUCCUUAUAAGCUUCUGCUGAUCGAAAGAUGUCUUUAUACACCAUGUUUCGUAGCAUUAGCAUUAUACAUGUUGUCUGUGUUCGAGGGCAGCACGCAUAAAACUGCUUCCAAAAAGAUGCAGAAAUUAUAUUGGCCUGUACUCACUGCCAAUUUAAAAUAUUUAACAUUAUUGCAAUAUAUCAAUUUAAAAUAUGUUCCACCAAUGUUACGUGUCCUAGUGGUAAAUUUAAUUGGUUUCUUUUGGACUGUAUAUCUUGCACAAAUACAAUCCUAAGAACUGCAGGUUAGAAAAAUAGAACAAUAAAAUAUUAAUAUAUAAACACUUACAAGGUUGAAAGGGUCCAUAUAUUUAUAAAGAAUAAUAUAUAUUUUUGUAUCAGAAUUAUAUAAAUAAGUUGAAGGUAAAUAAAAAGUUUAUUUGCAAA